UUCAACCAGACAUGAAUCAAAGUUUUCUGACUGAUGAGGUAAAGAUUGAUUACAUAUGUAGUUCCAUGGCCAUAGUUUAGUUGGGUAAUGUCAUUUAUAGGCAUCUUUUUCUAUUGAUUAAUUUGUUGCAUGGGUGUCAUUUCCAAUUGUUCAGUUGUUUUGCAUAGAUAUCUUUCUCUAUUGGGCGAUGUCAUGUGAAUGCGUCUUUCUUACUGGUAAAUCUUUUCUGGAUGUGUGCUUCCCUAUUGGUCAGUCUUGUUUGUUGCCAUGUUUUCCUCAUGGUCAGUGUCAUACAUUCAUACAUAUACAUUCUUUCAUAUUGCUCAGUAUUGUGUAUAGACAUGCUCCCUAUUGGGCAGUAGUUUAUUUAAACAGGCAUUCCUAUUGGUCAGUAUUGUAUAAAGGCAUUUUUUCGUUUUGAGUGGUGUUCAGAGUAAAUGUACUUGGUUAGUGUUGUAUGUAGACGUUUCCCUCAGCUGUUUCCAAGGAGUAGGGGACUGUUGAGUUGGUGUAGACCCCACAUGUGAUUUCUGGACUAAACUCCAGGCAAUGUACCCCAGGCAAGCUGUGAGUGGCAGUGGGAAGAGGUCACCUGGGGGGGUCACUGGGGUCCAGAUGGGAUGCUGGCUUUUGUAGCUGUUCAAUGGGCCACUUGCUCUAAUCACAUCACAAAAAGCUUUUAAAGAUGGACUCACUUUCAGUUGAGCACUGCUCAUUCAAAACUCUGACUGCAAGAGUGUGGUAAAUCUCACUAUGUCACGCAUAUUGCACAUAACUUGUUUUAAAGGACUCAUUUAUGGAAAUCAAGACAGAUACUGAAAUCCUGCCAAGUUAUACAUAUACACGUGGGUGAGAUGGUGUGUGUGUGUGUGUAUGUGCGUGUGUGUGUGUGUGUGUGUGCACGUAUGUAAGUGAUAAGCAGCCAAGGACAUGCUAACAGAUCCUUAACCAACAGCACAUCCACCCCAAUAAGACUUAGUGUCUCUUUCUCUCUCUCUCUCUCUUACCCUCAGAAAGGCUUGCAACAGGGGCCACUCAAGGGGGGAAAGGCAAAGUGAAUCACACACACACACACACACACACAUUCCAGGUUCCCCUAAGUUGAGUAGGAACGUAAAAGGAGAGAAAGCCAGGGGCUGGGAUCUCAGACCUUUUGACCUAAGUGUGUGGCUUUGUCUUUAGGGGGCAGGGGUCACGGUGUGAGAUUUGCCCUGGGGGAGCAGAAAACAGUGUGCAGAAAAAAUGUUUAAAAACUGGUUGGAAAAAAAGAGGGUGAAGGAGAGGAUAAGGGAGGCUGUGAGGGGAAAAUAAAGGAGAAAGCGAAAGAGACAUGGUAAGAGAGACAGGGAGAGAGAUGGUCUGUCUGCUGGCUGUGUCUUUACAGACCUCAAUUCUCUCUCAAUGGACUGAUUUGGCCUAUAUGUCAGAGUUUCUGCUCGCUACUCUAAACUCUCUCUGCCCGGCCUGGGUCAUCAUCACUAGGUCCUCUUUCUCUCUGGAUCCGUGUGAGCAAGCAUAGUCGCUAACCCUCCUGUAUGUCUGAGUGAUCCUGGCCUAGCAUAGCCACUUACCAUUCUGUAUGUCUGAGUGAUCGUGAGCUAGCAUAGCUGCUAGCCCUCCUGUAUGUCUGAGUUGUCGUGAGCUAGCAUAGUCACUAACUCUUCUGUAUGUCUGAGUGAUCGUGAGCUAGCUUAGUCGCUAACCCUUCUGUGUGUCCGAGUGAUCAUAAGCUAGCACAGCUGCUAGUUCCUAUAUGUGCAGGCGAAAGUGGGGCCGGAGGCCUAGUGACAGCAGAGAUAACGACAGGAAACAGGAAACCCCCCCACCAACCCAAAGACACAGAAACACAAGUACUCUCUGCCUGAAACCCAAGACGGAGGUUGCACGUUUUCAUGCUGUAGUGGUCAGUGACGCAGUGCCAGUGGAGGGUCUGGGCCUGUCAGAGUCAGAGGGGCAUCUGGAGAGAACCAAGAGGAACAGCCCCCUUACUGCAGCUGAGCCCCCUUCUACACCCAGCCCCAAACAGGGUCAGGACCACGUGCCUACAGACAUGAGUGUGAGUCGGCGUUCCAGCAGAAGGAAGAGAGCCAGGAAAAGCCCAGAGAGGGAGGGGAACUGGGAUUCCUACAAUCAGAAUCAUGCCAGGAUUAGCCCCUCCCCUCCCUCUGUGGAGCUGCUGGAGCAGGACUCAAAGGACUCCAUUCCCAGCCUUGACUCCCCCCAUAGUCUUGACUCUUCAUCCUCCUGCUCCUCCUCCCCGACAGAGACUGCUAGCCAGCCGGAGUACAAGGACAGUAAAGGCUUUGGCGUGGGAGAGCUGGUGUGGGGGAAGAUCAAAGGCUUCUCCUGGUGGCCAGGCAUAGUAGUGACCUGGCGCGUCACCGGCAAGAGGCAGGCCACGCCCGGCAUGCGCUGGCUGCAGUGGUUUGGAGACGGCAAGUUCUCAGAGGUCUCUGCUGAUAAGCUGUACUGCAUCACUGCAUUCCCCAAGUACUUCAGCCAGGCCUCCUACACCAGACUGGCAUCCUACCGCAGAGCAGUGUUCCAGGCCCUGGAGAUGGCAGGCAGACGGGCAGGCCAGGUGUUUCCAGCAGGGGAGCAGGACAGCCCGGAGGAGCAGGUGAAGCCCAUGCUGGAGUGGGCUCAAAGCGGGUUCCUGCCCAAAGGCCCAGAGGGAGUCAAACCCACCACCCACAACACAGAGAAUGGUUCCCUGGGUUCUCAGGUUCUGGGUGCUGGUCUGUCUGAGUAUUUCCCUCCUCCCAAGAGGCAAAAGCCCAGCCUGGGCGGGGCCAAGGCAGGAAGUGAGGAAGUCUGCAGCAGAGAACAAAUGGUUCGUGAAGUUUUGAAGGGUGACAGAUCUAUAGAAGAGUUUUGUCUGUCCUGUGGCAGGACCCCGGUGGAGACCUUUCACCCCCUGUUUGAGGGGGGACUGUGCCAGGCCUGUAAGGAUGUGUAUUUGGAGACCUCCUACAUGUAUGACGAUGACGGGUACCAGUCCUACUGCACUGUGUGCUGUGGGGGGAGAGAAGUGCUGCUCUGCGGGAACGCCAACUGCUGCAGGUGUUUCUGUGUGGAUUGCCUGGAUGUGCUGGUGGGCUUGGGCUGCUCAGAACAGGCCAGGGCGCUGGAUCCCUGGCGCUGUUACAUGUGUCAGCCUCCACAGCGCUAUGGUGCUCUCGCCCGCCGUCACGACUGGACCCUCAAGCUGCAGGAGUUCUUCAUCAGCGACAACGGCCAAGAGUUUGAGAGUGCGAAGAUCUACCCUGCUGUCCCCGCUGAGCAGAGACGGCCAAUCAGAGUCCUGUCCCUGUUUGAUGGCAUUGCCACUGGCUACCUGGUACUGAAGGAUCUAGGUUUUCGGGUGGAGGUGUACAUCGCUUCUGAGGUGUGUGAGGACUCCAUCUCUGUAGGAGUGGUGCGGCACGAGGGGAGGAUCAAGUAUGUGCACGACGUGCGAAACAUCACAAGGAAGGAUAUCGCAGACUGGGGCCCAUUUGACCUGGUGAUUGGCGGGAGCCCAUGCAAUGACCUCUCCAUCGUCAAUCCCGCCAGGAAGGGCCUGUUUGAGGGCACCGGUCGGCUGUUCUUUGAGUUCUACCGGCUCCUGAAUGCCAGCAAGCCCAGGGAGGGAGAGGGCCGUCCUUUCUUCUGGCUUUUUGAGAACGUGGUUGCCAUGGGGGUCAGCGACAAGAGAGACAUCUCCCGCUUCCUGGAGUGCAACCCUGUGAUGAUCGAUGCCAUUGAAGUGUCAGCCGCUCACCGAGCCCGGUACUUCUGGGGGAACCUGCCAGGCAUGAACAGGCCAUUGUGUCCUUCUGGAACUGAUAAGCUCCAGCUGCAAGACUGCCUGGAGCACGGCCGCGUGGCCAAGUUUGAAAAGGUGAGGACCAUCACCACACGCUCCAACUCCAUAAAGCAGGGCAAAGACCAGCACUUCCCCGUCAUCAUGAAUAGCAAGGAGGACAUUUUGUGGUGCACGGAGAUGGAAAGGAUUUUCGGAUUCCCAGUGCAUUACACAGAUGUGUCCAACAUGGGUCGCGGUGCCCGUCAGAAACUUUUGGGUCGUUCCUGGAGCGUGCCCGUCAUCCGCCACUUGUUUGCCCCCCUCAAGGACUACUUUGCCUGUGAAUAGCCACCCCAAUCAGUCUCUGCUAUGACCCUCCACUCUAAUACUUUCCCACUACCCCCUACCCUCAUCCCCUCCCACCCUCCACCUUUCACUAGAGAUCCCUCCCACAACCAGCAGCCUGCUCACCCUGCAUAUCCACCAGGGGGCGCCCUCAGCCCCUCAGCUGUAAUGUUGUUUAGCUCAAUCCAGGGGCCGCAGGCUGCUUGGUCAACUGAGGCCCUACAGGGACCCUUCAUCCCAGUAAGAAAAUGGAGAUCAUAGCUCUCACCUUUCCUCUUUUUUUACACACCCUUAUGUUCAGUUCUUAACAGGACCAUUUACAACGUAAAUCUCUGGCAGUGAUGAAUCCCAACACUGGCGAAGCUAUUGGCCAUAUUUUUCAUGCCUUGGUUUGCUUUUUGUUUUAUUCAUAUGUGCAUAUUUUCUGCAAUACACGGCAUUCUCCUUGCCUUUUGCAAGUGCCAAGAUAAGAUACUUAGAUAAAUACAUUUUAUAAAAAUUCAAAGAAUUUAAAAACAGGUUCCAAAAGUGUUAAAAAUUAUGAAGAGAUUGCGACUAUUGGCUUUUUAUAAUAGCAUAUUUUUUUAAAGUGUAUGUAAGUGUGUCUUUUAAGUAUCACAAGUUCACUCCAUGAUGUAAGAUGUCAUUGAACUGUUCAGUCAGCACUUGAUAUGUUUAUUCAUGAACAGUAUAAGGACAAAGGUGAAGAGCGUAAGGGGAAGAUCCUUGGUGGGUCAGUCUCAUGUUUCGAUUUUAAUAUUUUAAUAUCCUACUCAACAAUAUAGGGUCAUUCAAGAAAUUCUGAGCUUUGUUUCUUGCUUUUAACAUGUUCUGAUUUAGUUUUUACAAUUUCCUAUAACCUGUGUUAGUGAAGAAGUACUGUAUUCCAUUACUGUUUACACUUGUAAAAUAUAGGUGGUGCUCUGGAAUGCGCUGUCUUCAGCUUGGUGGCCAUAAGCAAAACCCCAAAGGAAGCAGCACUAAACAUGUUACUUAUCUAUCUCACACACUAUACCUCAGUUUUUUUUUUCCUGUGUACUGUACAACAUUGAAGGUGUUCCAUAUUUAUAACAUGGAUACUUUAAAACAUGCAGGCAAGUAUUUCAGACUUCCAAAUAAAAAAACACUUGAGUUUUUUUUACACAAAGUACGCAUUUCAGUUCAAAUAUAUAUUUUUUAACUUUUUAAUGAUACAAUCUCUUUGUAAAGAUCUCUUCAGCAAUAAAACUAAUUUCUCAUUUUAGUGUUUUCUUAUAAUCCUGAUUUUAUACACUAAUAUACCAGUAUAGAAUACUGAUUUUAUGUGCAUUUUUGACUAGUAGAUUUCUUUUUAUUAAAAUGUUUUAACCAGUCUUUUCUGUUUAAGUGCAAGUGAAACUCACCAUGGAAGGAAAGGUUAUUUUUUAUGCUGUUGUAAUGAUGGUUCUUUGCCUGCCCACUUUAUGGAAGAGAAGCAACAGAAUGAUACUGACAUGAUUUCAUGCAGCUGUGUACUGACAACCUCCAAUGUCAACCAAUAAACCUGUUUUGAUACAAUCCCA